AUGGCGUCUUACGCCACCGGCAACGUCGGAGGAAGCGCAACCACAUCGGCGGACGACUCCAUCGACGACAGCGCGAUCGACUCCAUCGGCGAGCGGAUGGCGAGCCUGGCGGCCGCCAGCUGCCUCCGCACCACGCCGGUCAAGUACCACGCAACCAGGUUUGCGAUUGUGGUUGGCCUUCCCCUCGUCGGGACGCUGACGCUCGGCGCCGCCAUCGGGCCAGAGCUGGUCGCAAAGGUCGUCGUUUGGUUCGUCGCGACAGAAGUAUCCGGCUUUGGCGGCGCGGACGGCCAGCUAGGCGACGGACAUACCCUCCUCACGCCCCUGUGGUUUCGGCUCACGCCGGGCACGCUCCGUCAGUCACCGUUCGCAGACCCGUCGACGCCUCCUAGCGGCCGCAGCCGACUGGACGCGCUUGUCUUGAUCAGCACGCUCUUCACCGCUGUCGCGACGAUCGGCUCGACCGGCCAUGCCCAUGCGCAGGCGCUGCGCCUCUUUGCAGGCGCGUUCACCGCCCUGUGCCUGCGCGACUACAGUGCGUGGUGCGGCGGGCAGGGCAAGCACUUCUACCCGCUCCUGCUCAGUGCCGCGUUUGCUGGGCCGGCCGGCACGCUCGCUGCGAUGCAAGCCACUCAAUUUGCGCACAUCUUCUUCUCGGGCCUGUGCAAGCUGGGCCCAUGGUGGAUUAACGUCGUGCCAACCAUGUUUGGGAUGGCGCCGUGCUUCCCGGAGGCCGUGCGCGCACUCGCCUUCAAGGACGCCCGGGCGGGCGACGCGGCGCCGUCGGGGGCGUCCAUGCUGCUCGCGCUCGCGGGCGUGAUCGCCGAGCUGGCCGGUCCUCUCCUGUGGCUCGCGGGCGGAGUAGCGGCGCGGCUCGGCGUGCUGCUCGUGGGCGGCAUGCACGCCUUCAUCAUCCUCGCCAACCCGCUGGGAGGGAUCGGCGAGUGGAACGCGGCAAACAUCUUUCUCGAGUGGUACUUGUUCGGCCUCCACUCCUGCGCGCCUCGCGCCUUCCUGGCGGCGCCUCCGCCGCCCCUCGCCGCUUUCCUCCUCGCGUCGCAGUACUUCGCGCCCGUGCUCGGCAACCUGCGCCCGGACUCGAUGUCCUACCUGCUCGCGCCGUUGCUCGACCUCCAGCGGCCACUAACUGAGUCGCUCAUUCCUUCCUCCAUCAGGUGCGGGCUCGAUAGAGGCGACCUGCUCUCGCUGCGCAUCUCGUCGUUCCCGCUGCUGCCCGACCUCGCGACAGGCCGCUACCGCUGCCACUGGUCGGUCGUCGACGCCGUCGACGCCCUCUCCGCCGACCCCUCCGCCCCCACGCCAGAGCUACCGCCCGGGGCGCCCGCCCGCUGGGGUCUCUUUGGCCGCACGACGGCAUCUCUGCUAUGGGACCUCGCCGGCGAGAAGAAGGGCGUGAUCGAGUGCGACCUCUUCUCGGGCUUCUUCGAGGGCCGCGCGAGCGCGUGGCAGUUUGGCGACCCCGCUGGGAGGAGGACCUUUGACGCGCAGGGCCGCGACAUCACGGCCAAGAAGGUAAGGUAA